AUGUCUGCUCUCCACCCCUCCAACUUCAGCACUUCCUACUUCCGUCUCCAGGGCUUCCCGGGCCUGGAAUCGGCUUAUCCAUGGGUCGCCCUCCUCUUGUCCACCAUCUACACCAUAGUGCUGCUGGGGAACACCACCAUCCUCUACGUACUCCGGAUAGAGCGGAGCCUCCACGAACCCAUGUACUACCUCUUGGCCCUGCUGACCACCACGGACUUGGGCAUGGGACUCUCGACGCUGCCCACGGUUCUGGGCGUCCUGUGGGGACAUCACCAGGAGAUCAGCCUCGAUGCCUGCAUUGCCCAAGCAUACUUUAUCCAUGGACUGGCCGGCAUGGAGUCCGGUGUCCUCCUGGCUAUGUCUUGGGACCGCUUCAUCGCCAUCUGCAACCCCUUGCGCUACACUUCCCUAGUGACUGGCUCAUCGAUCAUUAAAAUUGGAGUGAUCUUUUUAAUCAGGUGCGUGCUAUUGACCCUUCCUGUGAUUAUCCGCCUAAGAUUCUUCUUCUAUUGCCACCCCCAUGUGCUCUCUCACUCCUUCUGUCUGCACCAGGACCUGCUCCGCUUGGCUUGUUCCGACAUUCGCUUCAACAGUUUCUACGCCCUCGGGCUUGUGAUCAGCACUCUCGUCUUGGACUCUGUGCUAAUUUUGGCUUCCUACAUCCUUAUCCUCCGCACAGUGUUGGUUGUGGCCUCGCAUGGGGAGAUGCUGAAGUCUCUCCAAACAUGCACCUCCCACAUCCUUGCCAUCUUGGUCUUUUACGUUCCCGUGGUCGGCCUGACCAUGGUUCACCGUUUUGGAAAGCACCUGACUCCUCUGGUCCACGUGCUCAUGGGCCACAUCUACAUCCUUUUCCCUCCCCUGAUGAACCCCAUCAUCUACAGUAUCAAAACCCAGCAGAUCCGCAAAAGGAUCCUAGGAAUGUUCUACCUGGAAAGGGGCUGA